UAUGAUCAUAUCCUUUGCUUCUAUACCUAAACAAAACGACAAGAAGGAAUUUCUAUGAGUAAUGUCCCCCACUCUACCCUCCUCCAUAAAAGGUCUCCCUUGGUCUCACUUCUCACCCCUCCCCUAGCUAAUCCAGCACGGUUCACACACAAUUUACGUACUUACGUAUACUGUUGUGUGUCGACCGUGAUUGUGUGAUCAAUGAGCAUGCUUCUAUGGUGAUCUCAUUAUGGAAGAAAUGACCGAAGAAGAGGAAGAUCAGCUUCUCAACCUCAGCCUCGCCAUUGUGUCCGGUUGCGGCGAAGAAGCAAGGAGGACGAAGAGGAGGAGAAGGGAUGGCCAUGUCUUCAUCAACUUGAACCAUGUCGAUGCGCAUGGUGAAGGCGGAGUACUUGAAGAAGGGAAGGUAUUUGCUCUUCUCCAGAUGAGAGAGGAAAUGCUAAAUACUACUACUGACUCCUCAACCUCCAAGAGGAAAGCCCCGUCAGUCGACAUCCAUGAAGACGGGAAAGGCCUGCACUUGAUCCAUCUCUUGCUUCUCACUGCCACUGCAGUGGAUGAGAACAAUGUGAGGCCCGCCUUAGAGAACCUCGGCGAGCUGUACAGGAGCGUUUCCAUGACUGGCGACUCGGUGCAGCGGGUAGUGGUCUACUUCGCCGAUGGGUUAGCUGCGAGGCUACUGACUCAGAAGUCUCCGUUCUUCGACACGAUCAUGAAGAAGCCCACGAGCGAAGAAGAAUUUUCGGCCUUUACUUAUCUCUAUCGAGUAUCCCCCUACUACCAGUUUGCGCAUUUCACCGCGAAUCAGGCUAUUCUGGAAGCCUUUGAGAGGGAGGAAGGGCACAAUCACCGUGCCCUGCACGUGAUAGACUUCGAUGUCUCCUAUGGGUUCCAAUGGCCCUCCUUCAUACAGUCACUCUCUGAGAAGGCGACUGACUGGGCCAGGAUAUCCCUUAGAGUAACCGGGUUUGGAACGAGCAUGGAAGAGCUCCAGGAGACCGAGUCAAGACUGGUCGGUUUCGCCAAUGGGUUCAAGAACCUCGUCUUCGAGUUCCAAGGGUUGUUGAGGGGCUCCCAAAUCAUCAACCUAAGGAAAAAGAAGCAAGAAACAGUGGCGGUUAACUUGGUCUUCCACUUGAACACGUUGAACAGCUCCUCGAAGAUCUCCGAGACCUUGAAGUCCAUACACGCGUUCAAACCCUCGGUCUUGACCCUGGUGGAGCAAGAAGGAAGCCGAUCCGCCCGGAGCUUCCUUUCGAGAUUCAUGGAGUCCCUGCACUACUUUGCCGCUAUGUUCGACUCCCUAGAUGAUUGCCUCCCGAUGGAGAGCUCUGAGAGGCUGAGCAUCGAGAAGAACCAUCUCGGUAAAGAGAUCAAGUGGAUGUUGAACUACGACAAGGAUGGUGACCGGAAUACCGAUCGCGAUAACUUCUCGAAGUAUGAGAGGAUGGAGACAUGGAAGGGGAGGAUGGAGAGCCACGGGUUUGAAGGGGUCAAGAUGAGCUCAAGGUCUUUGAUGCAAGCAAAGUUGCUGCUGAAGAUUAGGGCAAACAAUUACUGCCCACUCCAGCUUGAGGGAGAGAACAGUAACAAUGGAGGGUUUAGAGUCAUUGAAAGAGAUGAAGGGAGGGCCCUUUCUUUAGGCUGGCAGCACAGGUGCCUGAUAACUGCCUCUGCAUGGCACAGUGUGAACUAGGUAGAGAUCACAUAUAUACAUACACUUAGAUAUAAUUCAUAUGAUUGAUCUUAUAUAUAUGAUUAUUUCUCAACAGUUUAUUCA